AUGACCUCACUGCACUUCAAGGCUACCAGGAAAUGGAAAGAUCCUGAGGAGCAUCCCUUGUUACAACAAUGCAGACGUGCGGCACAUAAACACCAUGUUCAAAAAAGAAAUGAUGGGGACAAUGUAACUAAUGUUAAGUGGACCCAGAAUGAUCGAGAAAACCUGGCAUUACAUGAGAGCCUGGAUUAUCUACCUUCUCACAGUGAUAUUUAUAAAAAAUGGUUGCAAAGAAAACCUUACAGGUCAGACUGGGACUAUUGGUUCAUGAUGGGACUCAUUGGAAUAUCAAUUGGGGUCCUGGGAUUCUUGGUAAAUCAGACAAUUGAUAUUCUUGUCAAAUUGAAAUGGAAGCUUAUUCUACAUUAUAUACAGAAUAAUCAAUUUUUCCUCACAUGGAUCUGGCUAGUUGGAAUUGGAUUAGCAAUGGUCACUAUCUCAUCUGGAACAGUGCUGAUCUUCUGUCCAUCAGGAAUGCCAAGUGGCCUUCCAGAGGUGAUUGGUUUUCUGAAUGGUGCCUCAAUCCAAGGUAUCUUUCGCAUAAAGACACUGUUUGGGACCUUGGUGUCUUGUGUAUUAGCAGUAGCCUCUGGGCUAUUUUGUGGGCCUGAAGGACCAAUGAUUUACAUGGGUUCCAUUCUUGGAAGUGGCCUGAGUCAGUUUAAAUCUGACACAUUUGGAGUUCAAUUUCCUUUCUUCACAAGAUUUCGAAACUGUGCUGACAGGAGAAACUUCAUUACUGCAGGAGCAGGAGCAGGCAUUGCCUCUGUAUUUCGAGCCCCAAUGGGUGGACUGCUGUUUACAUUUGAAGAGGUGGCCUCUUUCUGGGAUCUCAAACUCGCCUGGCAGACCUUAUUUUGUUGUUUGAUGGCAGCGCUUACUACUGAUCUCCUGUCCUCUUCGUUUCAUGGAUUUGUUUAUCAGGGACAUUUUGGAUUCUUCAAGGCUGAAGAGAGUAUCUUGUUUGGGGUUAAAUAUUUGCUCGACAUGAAUAUUUUAGUCUUCAUUCCAACCAUUAUCUUGGGAAUAAUAGGAGGUCUGCUGGGAGCAUUGUUUGUCUCCAUGAACCUGAGAGUCAACAAAUUUCGGACAAAAUUCUUUAAAUUAAUUAAAUAUGAGUUUGUGCAAAAGGUCUGCAAGCUUACAGAGGCGGUCCUAACACUGAUAAUCACAAUUACGGCUACUGUCUACGUGCCUUACUUCUUCCCAUGCUCCCCUCCCGCCACCGCAUCCCAAAACCAGUCCAGCUCCAAGCAUAAACUUGAUGGAAUGAAUGCUUCUCACCUACUGAGUAACACAGAGUAUUUUAAUUCAUACAACUGUCCAUCGGGAACAACCUGGAUUGGAUCCAAUGGUGUAAAACAUUCAAAUCACACUUACAAUCAAGCUGCUGCGCUUCUGUUUGGUAAUGGACAGGAUGGAAUUGUGUAUCUCUUCAGAAGAGGAACGCCUGAAGAAUUUGGAUAUGCUGCUCUCUUCACAACCCUUAUUAUUUACUAUCUAUUUUCUUGUUGGACAGCUGGUACUGCUAUGGCAUGUGGACUUGUCAUACCAAUGCUGUACACUGGAGCAUUAUAUGGCAGGAUAAUUGGUCUCAUCAUGGUGUCGAUGUUUGGUGUCCGAACUGACAAGUAUGGGGCUUGGAUAGAUCCUGGCCUUUUUGCAAUAAUUGGAGCUGCCUCAUAUUUCUGUGGGGUAUCUAGACUGACAAUCUCGCUCACUGCUAUCAUGGUGGAACUAACCAAUGAUGUGCAGUCAUUACUGCCAAUAAUGGUAGCUGUCAUGGUGGCUAGGAUGACUGGGGACUUGUUCAACCGCUCGUUGUACAGUUCUUUACUGAAACAAAAAUGUAUUCCGUUCCUGGAGCCAGAACCGCGUGUCUUGUACCAGAACAAACCGUUGAAUUUAGAAUUAUUCACAGUGAAAGAUGUCAUGGAACGCCAAGUAAAGGUCCUCCAUCUGAGGGAAAAGGUCUCUUCCCUGGCUACACUUCUCUUGGAGACAAAACAUUGUGGAUUCCCUGUGAUUUAUCACAUGGAACAAGCCCAUGAGGAAGUCUUCAUAGGAAGCAUCACCAGAUUAGAACUUUAUCGAAUCUUGGAAAAUGGAACACUAUUUGAAACGCAAAAUGAUGAGAGCUGCAAGCAACAUUCUCAGAUAAGCUACAAUGAGGUAAGAUUACCUGAACUGCUAAACUCAACUAAGGUAAACCUUCUCCUGAAUGAGUAUAGAACUGACAUUCGAUAUAAAGACUGCUAUGUCAAUUUGAAACCAUAUAUCAACCAAUCAGCAAUGACAGUCCAUGCUAAUUUUUCUCUUCAACGAACUUACACCAUUUUUCGAACAGUGGGGCUUCGACACUUGACCGUUGUUGACUUGAGAAAUCAUAUCCUUGGCAUCAUUACACGAAAAGAUCUGAUGGCAUUCCAACUUGAAGAGAAACUACUUCAAUCUGAGAAUUUGGAAUCAGAGAAUGAUAGAAGAUAAAAACUUUCUGAUGGAAAUCUUCACAUAUUACACUUUCUGUGCAGAACACAAAGGUCGUUAAGAGAGGAAAGGAAUUCUAAAUUUGUAGAAUUGUUUUUGAUACAUUGUCUCUAAAGCAUCCUCACAACUUCAAAUUUCUUUUUUAAACUUUGCUUUGUAAUAGUCUUCACUUUCAGGGCUUCUUCAAACAGCCUUUUUAAAAUCCUUUUUCAAUAGCAAUUUAGUAGGGUGAUGUUAUAUACAGAGGUCACCUUCUUCAGAAGAUAUUCUUCAGAGGGUAUGUCUCUUAACCAGCCUUGUGAAGAAUUACAGUAAAUUUCCUGUGUGCUUGCAUUUUUCACAGGUGAUCGCAAUUCUCCGGGUUUUGAUAAUUGUUAUACAAAUUUAUGGGAUAAAUAAUUAAGUACGCUUUAGCGAAGAAAAUGAUUUUACCUGAGAAUAUUUUGCCUCAAUUGUCCAGCAAUCAUGAACAUUUUAGGUUGACCUUUCUUUUUAAUUUAUUAAAUGCUAUGGAGUAAAGGAUAUAAAGGAUACAAAGUCUAUGUAAAAUGGUAGAUCUUCUAAUUUAGUGUUCAUAAUCUGAAAUAUGUUUUGCAACCUGGGCACUAUAGACCAAAAAUGUUAAGUACACACAUAAUUCCAUUCUAUCUAUACAUUACAAUUAGCUUUGCUAUUUUGCAUUGGCUUUUAUGAAUUUGUUUCUAGUUAUUGAUAAAUAAUGAAAAUUGAAAGUAAUAUGAAAUUGUACUUAAUUUUUAAUGGGAAAAUACAUUGAGAAAUUAUAUUAAUAUUUCAAUUAAAGCUAGCAAAACUUCAGGUGACUGAUACUUAAGAAACGGAGUUUGAGCUGGCUUUUUAGGAAUAAUUAGUUUGGAGGAAUUUGUGCAUAUUAUUAAAAUUAUUAUUUGUUUUGAAAUCUUUGUGUGCAGUAUAUUCCUGGAAAAGCAGCGUCCUAGUAACCUUGGCAAGGGGAAAGGACUGCAAGAGAAGUUGGACUAGGCUGUUAACAAGUGACAGCUCACUUAACUUAAUUAUUGCCAAAGGCCUCUGGCUGUACUGGUACUCUCCCAGUUCCUCACUAUCUUUAAUGUCAUCUGUGUCAUCUUUAUCACACUGUUGAAGAUUUUGACCUAAUGGUGAAUCCAGUUGUCAUCCCUCCUCCAAAUCAGGUGGUAUCUCGCAAAGCUCAAGAGUAUGGAACAGUCUUGCUUGGCUGCAUUGGAGGAAACUCAAUCUUUUUCAAGAGUAGAAACUUUGCUUCUACACUGUUAUGAGUGCACAACACAGAUGUGUAUUCAACACAGAUCUUUAUUGAAGUCAGUCUGAAAUACCUGCCUGCAGUAUGUGUAGGCAUCAUGAUAGAAAUCACGUGACUAUGACUGACUAGGGAAGGUAUUUGUACAAGACAGGAAUGUGUUUGGAUUGAAAUAAAAUUGUUUUCAAAAUAUCUUGCACUCUA